GUCAAAAAAGAUUUUGAAAAUUUGGAGUUGUAUGGUGAAUACCCGGAGAAUACCGGGUACCAUUCUUCUGUGUAUUUUAUUGUUGUUAGUGUUUCUAUAAUGUUGUCGUCCGUCGGAUAAACUGAAAAAUUAAAAAAUAUCAACAUUUGCUGAAAUAAAAAUAGCCGAGAUAGACAAAUUAGAACAAGCCAAGUAUACUAGGACACGUACCCUAGAUUUGCCGAUUGGUUAAAAAUAGCCAAUUGACAGCCUGCUAGCCAACGACGACGAAUACUCACAACAGAACAGAAACAACAACAACACGGAAAUAAGGGCAGCUUAUAGGUGUUUUGGAAAAAAGUAGGAAAAUAUUUAAUUAUAAACUAAUUAGCCAUGAAUCUUGCCACAUCAUCGACCACAUCAAUAUCAAGAAGAAAUUCUCUUCAAUUGCUAGUCUACGUUGCCAGUGUUUUACUGAUAAGCUGCAGUAGUUUGUACUCAGGUGUUCGGGCAGCUGCCAACAACGAUUUACAGGUCAUUUAUGCCAUUAAUGCCGGUGGCUAUGAUCACACUGAUAAGUAUGGCAUACUCUAUGAGGCUGAUCCCUUGAAUGUGGGCACUGCCUCCGAUUACGGCAACCAUUUGCUGAUAAUUGGACGUGUUCCGCAACAGGAUGAGGUGCUGUAUCGUACGGAACGUUAUCAUACGUCGACCUUUGGCUAUGAUUUACCUUUGGAAGGUGACGGCAAUUAUGCAUUGCUAUUGAAAUUUUGCGAAGUAUAUUUCAAUGAGCCGAAUAAGAAGGUUUUCGAUGUCGUUCUGAAUCGCCAACAUGAAAUUGUCUCAAAUUUGGAUAUCUUUGCACAAGUUGGUCGGGGUACGGCACAUGAUGAGUACAUCUUUUUCACAGUGUCACGUGGUAAACUACACUACAAGGAUGAAGUUUCCGAUAUACGCAACAAUGUGAUACGUUUGGAAUUUAUUAAGGGUGCCUAUGAUAAUCCCAAAAUCAAUGCAUUUGCUCUGUUCAAAGGCGAUGUGGAGAGAAUACCUCGAUUGCCGGCCAUGCAAAGCGAAGGUUUCAAUACAGAUGACCAAUUUGAGGAGAAGAAACAUGAUAUCAACGGGCAUUCAUCAAAUCGAAAAUUUAAAACGAAUACAAAGAAAGUAAUGGAAGAUGAUGUGGAGGAGGAUCUUAUGGAUGCCGAUGAGGAGGUGGAAGAUGAAGACAAUAUUAUUGACGAUGAUGAAGAUGUUGAUAGUCAGUAUGACAAUGAGGUUGGCCAUGAUGACUUGGAUGAUUUAGAAAGAGAACGUAGAAAUACAAAAACAAGUGGACCACGUCAUCCCGAUCCCUAUGCCUCGGAAGAUUCUACGAUAAUGAUGCCAGUUAUUGUGGCCAUAGGAUGUUUUAUACCUUUGUUGUUCUGCCUCUGCAAGUUAUGAGCACUUGUGGAUAGCAUUUAUGCAAAACUCACUUGGAUUCCCUGCAUUGCCAUUGUGCCGUUUUCAUAAUCCCCUAGUUGUUCCGGCAAAGUUAUACAAUUUUUAUUUUUUAUUUGUGGAAGAAAGAAAAUAGAGCUGUGUUUUUUAUGAUUUUGGUAUUUGUAAUUUAUUUGUUUAUUUUCCUGUUUGUGUUCACAAUGAUCUGCAAUUUUUUUUAAUCCUUUUUUUUCGAAACAAAAGUACUUAUAGCAUUUAUUACACAUGUGUGUAUGUAUGUAUGUGCAUUAGAGAUAUAUAUUUUUUUACUUUGAGUUUAUUUUUUGUACUGUUACUGAGAAUUAAGUUCCUUGAUUUAAGUUAAAUUUUGGUUGUAUGUUUGUAUGUAUUGCAAAAACAAAUUUUGAAUUGAAGCACUUUGUUUUAGAAGCACUUUAAUUUCGUUCCUUGGUUUGCGCUUAAUGAAAUCUAGUACAUGACAUGAUUCUAAUUAUAUAUACGUAUAUAAAAUAUUUAUCAACAAAUUAUGCUGAGAAUUUAUAAAAAUGAAAAAAUAAGUAAUGUUUAUUUAAAUUUAGCUAAACAAAUUGACAAGAGAAAAUGAAUCAUUAAAAUAAAAAUGUUGACUUAGUAAUGGCAAAA